AUGAAGCGAAGCAAAUAUUGGAAUCUAGAGUCCUCUGAAGCCAGACAUCAAAGGUACCUUCAUCUAUUUGCCCAAUUAGACAUAAAAAAUACAGGAUACAUAGAUAAGGCCACAUUUCAAAAUGCAUUAGACUUGCAAAACCAUCCAUUACGCCAAAAUGAUCUAGUUAUUGAUCUUUUAUUCAAAUCAAUGGAUAUCAAUCAUGAUGGAUAUAUUGAUUUAGAUGAUUUUACAUGUUAUGUCAUCCAGGCUGAGCUACAAAUAGCUAAUGGGUUUGAUAAGAUUGACAAUGACCAUGACGGUUAUAUACGUAGAUCUGAAGUCUCCAAAUACUUGUCUCGAAUACAAGAAGCUAAUUUAACAGAUAAUAAUAUUGUUACCAAUAAUAGUACUGGUGGCAAAAUAUCUACGUUAAAUAAUUUUUUAACCUGGGCUUUUAACCCAAGUCAUUGGAAGCUUCAUAAUAAUACAGGGAGUUCAAAAAACAAUACUAACUCUACGGUAAAUAGUAUUAACGAACAUCCUGAUCAUUAUAUUUCCUACAACCAAUGGAGAGAUUUCUUAAUUUUAAUGCCAAGGGAAGAAGGAUCACGUUUAAAUACAGCUUACACAUAUUAUUACUUGUCUAAUGAAGAUUUAGAUUUAUCAUCGGAAGGUGAUAUUACUCCGACUAGUGAAUUCAUUCGUGGGUUUAGCUAUUUCCUUGCAGGUGGAAUUUCGGGUGUAAUAUCUCGUACUUGUACAGCACCAUUUGAUAGAAUUAAAGUGUUUUUAAUUGCAAGAACUGAUUUAGCUUCCACUUUAUUAAAUUCAAAGAAGGAUUUACUAGUAAAAAACCCUAAGGCUGAUAUUAAUAAGAUCAGAUCACCUAUAAUUAAAGCUAUCACAUCUCUCUAUAAACAAGGUGGUAUUAAGGCAUUUUAUGUAGGGAAUGGCUUGAAUGCAUUCAAAGUGUUCCCCGAGUCAUCUAUCAAGUUUGGUACUUUUGAACUAGUAAAAAGACUCAUUUCAAAGAUUGAAGGCAUCGAAAAUCCACAAAAUCUUUCACAAAUGGCCACAUAUUUGGCUGGGGGGAUCUCUGGUGUAAUGGCCCAAUUCUCAAGUUAUCCAAUUGAUACAUUGAAAUUCAGAAUUCAAUGCGCACCUUUGGAUAAUCCACUACAUGGUAACAGGUUAUUAAUAGACACAGCAAAACAAAUGUACAAGGAAGGUGGAUUAUCUAUAUUCUAUCGUGGUGUUUCUGUAGGACUGAUGGGGAUAUUUCCAUAUGCUGCUUUAGAUCUAGGAACUUUUACUACUUUGAAAAGAUGGUACAUUGAACGUCAAGCCAAACAAAUGGGAGUUCCAAGUGAUAAGUUAAAAUUAGAUAACCUGGCAGUGUUACCAAUCGGUGCGUUUAGUGGAUCCGUUGGUGCUACUGUAGUAUAUCCUAUAAAUCUAUUGAGAACAAGAAUACAAGCACAAGGAACAUUUGCUCAUCCGUAUACUUAUGUGGGGUUUAUUGAUUGCUUUAAACAAACUGUAGCCAGGGAAGGUUAUCAAGGUCUUUAUAAAGGACUAGUACCGACCUUAGCAAAAGUAAUUCCUGCUGUAUCAAUCAGCUACUUAUGUUAUGAAAACUUGAAGACAUUGGCAUGUUUAAUCUAG